AUGAUCACCGAUCCCUCUCUCUCGACUCACCCUGACAAACUCAUUCUUGCGAGUAGUUCGCCUCGGCGGGCCGAACUGCUCCGCGAGGCCGGCUAUCGUUUCGAGAUCUUCGCUCCCGACGAAUCGGUCGAGUGCGGCGUCUGCAGUGGCGAGUCGCCCCCAGAAAUGGUCGCGCGGCUCGCCCUCCAGAAAGCAGAGAAUGUGGCUCCACAGUAUUCCACUGGUGUUCUUAUCGCGUGCGACACGGUGGCCGAAUGGGCGGGUCAGGCGUUAGGAAAACCUGCCGAUGAGGAUCACGCAAGAAAAAUGCUGCACACCCUGCGUGGGCGAACCCACCGCGUGUACAGCGGACUGUGCGUCUGGAACUUAGCGGGCGGUUCACCUGAGGUUCGCGUGGCGAAAACCACCCUGGAAAUGGAUACCCUGAACGACGACCAGAUCGAAGAGUAUCUGGCUACUGGCGGAUGGGAAGGCAAAGCCGGCGCAUUCGGAUAUCAAGACCGCCUCGGCUGGGUCAGGAUACUCGAGGGCAGCGAAUCGAACGUGGUGGGAUUACCGAUGGAGUGGUUCAUUCGAGCCCUGGCGCUCGCGCUGGGAUUAGUCCUUGGUUGUGGCAUCGCUGAGAUCGGCCUGCGGUUGUUCGGGAAAGAUCUUUUUCGCGUGGGCGCUAAAACCUACCUGGUGAGUGAAGCAACGAACGUCAAUUAUCACUGCUACCCCGACAACUACAGCGGCGAUUUGAAACCUGUGCCGGAUGUCACCCAAGGGCCAUGGCGACUCUACGAUUCUGCACUACCGCCGAACGAACUUCCGCUGGAAGCGAUCAACGACACUCCGUGGUGCGCAGAAUACCGCAUGUCGCCCCAGAAGCUCCGUGAUCGCACCUAUCCGCCUACUCCGCCCCCGGGCGUGUUGCGGGUGCUGGGAAUUGGCGAUUCGUUCGCCAUGGGAGUGGGCGUGCCUGUUGAACGGUCGUUGUUUCGGCAGCUCAACGCCUUGGCAGGGCUCGAUGUCGAGAUCAUCAACGCGGCCCGCUCCGGUUCUUACCUACCCAAUGAGUAUGCCCAGGUCGAACGGCUCGCCGAACCGUUGAACUGCUCCCGAGUGCUGAUCAUCUUCAUCCCCAAUGACAUGCCACCCAGCAAGACUCAGGGUGAGGAGGAAAGCCUAAUCAACGAUUUGAUCAAUGUUCGCGAAUCCUAUCUCGACAGUGAACUCGCAUCUAAUUGGCUCACCCGGCACAGCAAGUUGCUGGAACUGAUUCAACGCGUUUGGACUACUCGGCAAGUUCACAGCAAGACCCUCGAGUGGUAUUUAGACUGCUAUGACGAAGAAAAGAACCCUGAGGGGAACGUGGUCAUGCAGGCCAUCUUCAAACAUUUUUCAGAGAUGCCAAAUGCCGAAGUUGCCAUGGUUAUCUAUCCUUUGAUGGAAGGCCUCGACGGAGACUACCCCUUGGCCCCCAUUCACCAAAAGGUUGAUCAACUCGCCACUCAACUGGGCAUCCCUGUGCUCGACCUGGCCCCCGCUUUCGCCGGCCAAGACCCUCGAGAACUCUGGGUUCACCCCUGCGACCAUCACCCCAACUCCAAAGCUCACGCCAUCGCCGCCAACGCGAUCUACCAGUGGCUGACGACCGAAGUGCCAUGGUUUCUCGACCCAAAGCAAGCAGUUCCGGCCCAGUGA